GUUGCGGUCAGACUGCGUAAGUGCACCUGCGCCUCGGAGGUGGAGAUGACCUAUAAGCUACUGAGUUUGCGCAGCGCUGCCUGCUUCCUACGAAGUUUCUGGCUUUCUGGACGUUACAACAAAUAAUAAUUACAUAUCCCGCUUUUCAAGGUAGCUAAAGGAGACAGAGGGACCACGGCACACGCACACAGAACAAUGUCGUCAUCUUCACUGUAUCUCAGCCAGGACAGCAUGGUUCGUUACAAAAAACGGAAGGCCAACUUCACCUUCAGCGAAGUUCAUAUUCUACUUGACGAGGUUCGGAAGAACCGACACAUUGUGGUGGGGAAAUUCAACUCAGGAGUUCCGACAGAGUUAAAGAGGAGGAAGUGGGCGGAGAUUACUGACCGUGUCAACGAAAUCGGCGAGUGCGAUCGUGAGGUCUCAGAGGUCAUAAAGAAAUGGUCGGACUUAAAAUGUGACACUAAGCGUAAAAUAGCGGCACUGCACUGUGGCAGCGCUGCUCCGCACUCCUCGCUCUCGCAGCCUGAACUGUCCCCAACGGAAUGUAUUGUGGAAUCCAUCUUAGAACUGGACAGGAAACCAUGGGAAGCAGCGCGUUCCACUCGCGCCCGCAGCCGUAGAGACGACCAAGAUGGAGGAGCAGGAGACGAUGACGAUGAUGGCUUUUUUUUGGGCAUAAGCUCUGUCCACAGUUCGCCCGGCCGGGGCAUUGACGCAAGGCCAGUGCCGUCUGUAACCGAGGCUGCUGUAGGUGCUUUUGGAGUGCAUUAUGACAUCAAUAGUAUUGCAGACGCUGAAUCUCGAUUGCCAGACUCGGAUGACGAUCGCCAUGACGUCUAUCCUCCCUCAUCCCUGUCAUCUGUAAACAACUCGUACUCGGAGGACAACGUAACUCUUACCGGUAGUAACUUAAAGCAUGCCGCCUCCUCCUCUAACCACGCCCCCGUCCAGCUGAACCCUCCCACCAUGGAUGCUGAGUCUGAUGGCACACGAGAGCAGUUAGCGCAGAGUGCUAGCCUGAGUGUGCAGGAGCAGCACGCCACCAAUGCACUGCUGGCAACGGUCUCGCGCUCCCUGGAGCUGCUGGCCGAGUCGGCGCAGCAGCUGGCCGAGACACAGCAGGAGUUUGCUCGCGAGUCUCUCCGCCUGCAGCGAGAAACAGUGCAGGUACUGCGGGACUUUGCCUCUGGAGCGCUGACGCUGCUGACUGAGAGGGCCAACGGGAAGCCACCGCUACUGUAGGAUGCAGGCCAGGGCCAACCACGCCUCCACGCUGGAAGUUGGGCGGACACGACAGCCUUGCUUCAGGAAUGCUGGGUUGGUUGGAGAAAGGACCUCAGAUUCUUUAACAGUCUGAUAUGUGUCAGAUUCUUUAACAGUCUGAUAUGUAUCUGAUUCUUUAACAGUCUGAUGUGUGUUGAGCUUGGUGAUAUCAGUCACACCGACUACAGACAUCAGUGCGACAAACAUCGUCAUAGCAACAAGACUUUAUUCGCUUGUGCCAGAGGGGAAAAAGUUAUUUAAAUGAAUGUUGCCUUUAGGCUGUAAGAACAUAAAUACACAAAAAACUGCACACGCCUAGUAGAGUGUGUAUGAGAAGUGUGUGUGUGAGAUGAGUGUGUGUUAUGAAAGUGUGUGUGUUUUGAUAUCAUGAGAUCAUCUCGCAGUGUCCUUGGUAACGUGUCCUUUUUCAUACUAAAGUUCCGUUCUGGUCCCAAGUUGAUAGCCUGGAUGGGAAUACAGGUUAGUUGAUGAUGUACCUGAGGCAACGUGAUGUCGUCAUACAUGGAGGCGUGCAAUCAGCACUCAGUUUCCCAAAAACAAUAAAAAAACACUGUUAGUGUCAUUGUGAUAAUGUUCACCAACAGUUAAUGGACUGUUACAUGCAAAAAUAUGAAACACAGAAAACAGCAGAGAAAAGCUCGUCUGAAUGAACUCAUAAUGCUAAUUCAAGACUCACCAGACUAUUUUAGCCCCUCCUCCCUCACAAACCCCUCCCCCAUUAGCCACUCCUACUCUGUGCUGCUCACUCCCACCUCAUUACGAAGGAAGUAUUUGAUUUUACCUUGCAUGUUAUUUUACAGUUCAAAAGUCCAUUUCCCCAUGUCUGCCCUUAAGACAUUUUUAAAUAAAAACACUUGGAUGGAAGCAGAGCUGUUAACAGCUAUGAUUUGUGAAAAUGUGGUUCUGAAGUUUGGAUCCUGUCUUUGUGGAUGAAGAGUUCACUCUGGCUUUAUGGAGCACAUGUCAGAACCCGUGCACAUCAAUACAGGCUCUUCCUUUUGGUUUGGGUACUGUUUUAAAUCUUUGCACAGAUGAAGAAGGUUGUGUGUGUGUGUGUGGGUGUGUGUGUGUGUGGGUGUGUGAUGCCUGUUCAGGUGGGUUUACCCUGUAGCUGAGCUGUGAAUGACAACUGAUUGCUGAACCUCCUGGAACCUGUCCAGCCAUGCAGUGGAGCUCCUGGAACCUGCCGGUAUUCCUGACAUUUCCUUCUAUGCAGUGGAGCUCCUGGAAUCUGCUGGUAUUCCCGAUGUGUCCUCCUACAUGGUGGAACUCUGGGCAUACAUCUUUAUCAUCCUUUUUACUACAUGAACCAUAACAUGUUAUGAUGGACUAUAACACACAUUCUUAGUGCAGAGGGUUUACAGAUGUUCUGGAGAACAUGGUAAACUGGUUCCUGGGCUGUAAAUCAUCUCAGACAACGAUAUGUGGACAAUUACUGUCUGUAUCCUUAAACUGGUGGGUUAUCUACUGAUGGAUGUUUUCUUUAUUCAUUAAUGGACAUUAAAUUAAGUUUGUUUUUGUGUGCAUUUUUAUGGAAAUGUUUUUUAUUCAGGUUUGGUGUUUUAUUGUGUGUUGGGGGGUGUGUUUGCAUCCAUGUACAGUAAGAUGAUAAGAUUAUUAAUAAAAUCUUUGAUAAUCAUC